AACCUCACUUUCGGCAAACGGAGCGUCACCCUCGUCUGUCACAGCCAUCAGCCUUCCUCCCCUCCACGUCGAAAUCGAUAAAGUCAAUUGAUCCGCUCAAUUGACCGUUUGCGCCGAGCGAUCCUUCCGAUUCUUCGAUACCCCAAAGUCACCAUGAGCUUCGUCCCCCGCCGCGGUCUCUCGACCCUCAUCCCCCCCAAGGUCGCCUCUCCCAAGGCCCUUGGCGCGGACCCUAACGCCGUUCGCAUGCAGCGCGUUGUCAACUUCUACGAGAAGCUCCCCCGUGGUGCCGCACCCGAGGCUAAGCCCACUGGCAUCCUCGGCCGUUACGCCGCCAAGCACUUCAGCGGCAAGAACGCCUCUGCGAAGCCCAUCAUCCACGCCCUUGGCCUCCUCCUCGUCAUUGGCUACGCUCAGAACUACUACUUCCACCUCCGCCACCACAAGAACAAUGCUCACUAAGCGACUCCCAUCUGGUUGUAGUCCAGCCUCUGGCUGUGUAAUGGCAUUGGGACCGUGUAUAUAAGAAUUAGAACCUAUUCUCCAGGAGGAGGCUCCUCGGCAAUUUCCUUUUUCGUGUCCAGCGUGUAUUCCUCCCUCGAAUGUGAAAUGGACAGAAAGAAAAGCGCGGUCUGAUGAAAAGACAUGAACAAAAAGAGGAUGGCCUGGGAUGUUUUCGUUCUCGGUCUUUUGUAGAGCCGCUGACAAGUCGAGCCGAGGGUUUGUUUCAGCUAGUCUAAAGAUUAACUGAGUGGUAUUGCGUAAUGCUCAUCCGGCUCAAACUUCCCAGGAAACCCGAUGUGAUGUGAUGUAUACAGUCAGGAAGAGAAGAAACGGGCGGCAGUGAUCAGUAAUGAAUGAAUAUGAGGCCACCAUUGAGUUUGGUUUACCAGGUGCUGUCUGCCUUACGAUUAUUGAGGUAAUUCAAAGUCGGUCUCAAAGCAACGACAGUACUAUUAGUUUCAAUGGAUUUAACACAGAC